AUGGCUUUCUCAACCAACCUAAUUUUCCUCCCUUUUCUUCUCUUCCUCUCUCCCCUGUCCAUCCAUGCAGCUUUAGGUGAGAUUGUAUGCGAGCAUUUGCCAAAUGACGUUUGCGCCUUUUCGGUAUCGUCUUCAGGGAAGAGGUGUUUGCUGGAGACAAUGUCGAAGCAAGAUGGAACCCUACAAUACCAAUGCAGGACAUCAGGAGAGGUGGAGAAGAUGGCUGAAUACAUAGAAACGGAUCAGUGUGUCAAGGCAUGUGGGGUUGAUAGGAAGUCUCUUGGGAUUUCCUCUGAUACCCUCCUUGACCCUUACUUCCUCAAUAGGCUUUGCUCCCCUGCUUGCUACGAGAAAUGCCCCAACAUUGUUGAACUUUACUUCAAUAUGGCCGAAGGAGAGGGAGUAUUCUUGCCUUAUCUCUGUGAGCAAGAACGUUCCAAUCCUCACAGAGCCAUGAGCGAACUUUCGAGUUCUGGACCUAGUUAUGCUUUUUCUUAUGGUCCAGAUUCAAAAGAAAUACCAAAAAAAGUUCAAGACACUUUUACCCAUGCUUCCGCCCCUAUUCCGUUUUCAAAAGACGCAUCAAGAAAAUUUCAUGAGACUUUUGCCCCUAAUUCUGCCCAUGGUCCAAUUUCAAAAGAAAUAACAAGAGGAUUUCAUGAUACUUUGGCCCCUGCUUUCGCCCCUGGUCGGGCUUCAAAAGAAAUAAGAAGAAAAUUUCAUGACACUUUUGCCCCUGCUUUCACCCCUGAUUCGUUUUUAAAAGAAACAUCAAGAAAAGUUCACGACACUGUUGCCCCUACUUUCUCCCCUGGUCCAAUUUCUAAAGAAAUGUCAAGAAAGUUUCAUGACAUUUUUGCCCCUGUUCCAGUUUCAAAUGAAAUAUCAAGAAAGUUUCAUAACACUUUUGCCCAUGGUCCAAUUUCAAAAGAAAUAUCAGGAAAAUUUCAUGACACUUUCGCCCCUGGUCCAGUUUCAAAAGAAAUAUCAGGAAAAUUUCAUGACACAUUUGCCCCUGGUCCAAUUUCAAAAGAAAUAUCAAGAAAAGUUCAUGACAGUUUUGCUCCUGGUCCGGUUUCAAAAGAAAUAUUAGGAAAGUUUCAUGACACUUUUGCUCCUGGUCCAGUUUCAAAUGAAAUAUCAAGGAAGUUUCAUGACACUUUUGCCCCUGGUCCGGUUACAAAGAAAAUGUCAAGUAAAUUUCAUGACGCUUUUCCCCCUAAUAUGAAAUCAAGAAAACUUCAUCCUUAA